AUGGGUGAGUGGGGCUUCAUCGGUGGAUUCUUCGAUGCCCUCCAGACUGAGUCGCCGAUGCUGGGUCGUUUCUGGCUCUUCCUCAUGCUGGUGUUUAGGAUAGUGAUCCUGGGAACUGUGGCCAGUGACAUGUUUGAGGACGAGCAGGCGGAAUUUAUCUGUAACACCCUCCAGCCAGGAUGUAAGCAGGUGUGUUAUGACUUAGCUUUCCCCAUCUCCCAGUACAGAUUCUGGGUGUUUCAUAUAGUCCUCAUUGCUACACCUUCUCUGCUUUUCCUCGUGUACGCCACACACCAGCAUAAAAAGAGUGCUAAUCCCCCCCCAUCGAGUAAAAGGUGGAGCAGCGAGAACAGAGAAGAAAAAGCUUUAAGGAGGCUUUACAUUAUCACUGUGAUCUUCCGCUUGGUGGCAGAAAUUGUCUUUCUAUUUACCCAGUGGUAUCUCUACGGCUUUGAGGUAAAAGCCUAUUUUGAAUGUAGUCGUUCUCCCUGCCCCCUGACAGUGAAGUGCUACACCUCCCGGCCUGCAGAGAAGACAAUCUUUCUCUUCUUCUACUUUAUUGUAGGGGUGAUAUCAGCAUUUUCCAGCUUUUUUGAGCUUCUUUACAGCUCUCGAAAGUGGUUUUGCUCAAAUGACGAGGACAAAAUCUACUACUGUGACUGCGAGAACCUCCACAACCUCGAGAAAGAGGAGACACAGGAGAAAUCGGGAGGAAAUACGUUGUCAGAGAGCACAGCCAGCAGUGUGAAAGUGAAGAAGGGAUCAGUGAGAAGCAGCUCCGGUCGAAAGGUCUAUUGCAAGUGCAAGAGUCCAAGAGGAAAAUAUGUGAGAAGGAAGAUGCUUAUGGUGUGA